AUGUCUGAUACAGGUCGUAGCCCAGGACGUGCAACAAGAGCUGGUUCCGGAGGAACUGCAGUGCGGCAAAGACGUGGAGCUCCUUUUUCAAGCUCAGGACGUUCAUCACGUGGUGGCGUAAGUAGUGGUGGUUUAUGGCGUUUUUACACAGAAGAUGCAACCGGCCUGAAAAUUGGGCCAGUUCCAGUGCUUGUUAUGAGUCUCGUUUUCAUAGCUUCUGUUUUCAUACUACACAUUUGGGGCAAAUACACUCGCUCACAUCACUGA